ACUCCCCACACCCCGACAGCAGACGGUCCACUGCAGUCUAGGAGUGAAGGUGUGUAGCGAUCGAUCCCAGAAUGACCAGACGCGGAGUCAUCUUGUUAGCCCUUGUGGCACUCGCCUACGCUGCGGAGCUACAGGUGGAGGACAUAAAAAAGGAAGAGAACUGCGAACGGCCGUCCAAGAAGGGUGACAUGCUGACGAUGCACUACACAGGCACACUUGCAGAGGACGGAAAGAAGUUUGACUCAAGCUUGGACCGGGAUCAGCCGUUCAACUUCCAGCUUGGUGUAGGUCAGGUGAUCAAGGGAUGGGACCAGGGCCUGGAGAACAUGUGUGCUGGGGACAAGAGGCGACUCACCAUCCCCCCUGAGUUAGGCUACGGUUCACGCGGCGCCGGAGAAGUCAUCCCCCCUGGUGCCACACUGGUGUUUGAAGUGGAACUUAUCUCAAUUGAUGAUGCCCCACCUUUGGUCAACGUGUUCAAGCAGAUUGACGAAGAUGAUGAUUCACAACUGUCUAAGGAGGAGGUGCUAGAUUAUAUCAAGACUCAGAUCCCCGCUGAGGAAGUUGAAAAGGGCCAAGAUCCUCAUAAGAUCACGGAAGAGAUUUUUCAUCACGAAGACAAGGACAGGGAUGGCUACAUCUCCCAUGAGGAAUUCUCUGGACCUAAGCAUGAUGAGCUCUGAGCCUCCACAUGCCAACUAGGAGCUGCAUCCAUCAUCCCAAGCAUUAAUAUGGGAUUGCUUCUACUUCUUUCUCAAACUAAACAUAGGGAUGCUCAUAACUCGAAAUUUUUUUUAAUGAAAUUACCAAAGUAAUUUAUUUUUUUAAUUCGCUUCAUAAGAUAUAUAACAGGGAUAGUGAGUCGAGCUUUAAGACUAUGUGUAGGAAUCUUAAACCCGCCUGUUAGUUUUCCAUUUCUGUCCCAUGUAGCAGUCAUCAUUGCCUUGGAUGUGAUAUCAACAAUGGGAAGGAUGGUUGCCAUUUCGAAACUUUACCUGCAUUCAUGAGACUAAAAGUAAGUGUGAAUUUAGGUUCCACAGAUCCAGUUUGUCAAUAGAUAAGAGAUGAUAUUUUUCCACUGUCCAGCCGAUAUGAUUGUGGACUUGGGCUUAAUGUGAUAUAUAUUAAUUUUUGCCCAAGCCUUGAUGGUAAUUGCUCAUAGGGUGCAUUCAAUUUCACUUGUAUAUACUAAUAAUUGUCCAAUUUUAUACCUGUUGGCUUCUCCUAGAUGCUAUGUACAGUUGCAAUGUGAAAUGAAUUUUUAUGCACAAACACUUUAUUCACAACAUUUUUAGAACUGUUUUUAUAAUUUAAUAUUCCUGUCUAGACAUAAUAUAAUUUUAACAAGAGAAUGCUAAAGAGUUGUUAUAUGUUUUAUAUAAUUUCUAUUACACCUUCAAGGAUGAAUAUAUUGUUAUCCUAAAGUGUCAUCUAUAUAUCCCUCCCGAAACUUCUCAGCAUGGUUUAAGUUACUAUAUACCUUACUGCAGAGCUGUUAGCAUGGUACAGUACAAGGUUUUUAUGGUGGUGUAAAGCACUGUGCAAGAUCACACUUAAGUUUCACCCGCCCCUCACAAUGUAUGUACUGUACUCCUUGUUAUUUUAUUAUAAGCUAAAAAUUAAAAUGCCACAAAAGUGAAUGACCUUCUUCAUCUAUUAUCCUAAGCCACAGAUGUAUAUAUCCAUUUCUAACAAUGUUAUGGUUUGAUAAUAGAUUCCAGAUAAUUUAGUGUUUUUAAAUGCAGAGCAAAGGUUAACUGUGGCAAUGAACACUCCAGGGUAAGAUUUAUUUUGCAACUACAGCUUACAGUCUUCCUUUUUUAAGUCUCAAAUUUUUUUUAAGAACAUCACAGUUAUUUCCUCACACAGCUUUGAUAAGCUAUAUUUAUUUAAUAUAUAUAAUUUAAGUGGGGUUAAAGUGUUGUUGCAGCUUUCAAAACUCAUGUUAGUACAGUAUUUUAUAAUCACACGUUUUUAUUAUAUUUUUACUUUUAAAUUGCAUAUACAAUACUGUAUACAGUACCGUAUGUAUACUUGCAACUACUCAUAAAAUAUCCUAUAGUAAUGUAUUCACUUAUGAAAACAUGUAAUCAAAAGUACUGUGGCUUCCAAGUUAUACGUUAAAGAAAGACAAAAAUAUGCAUGAAGUGAAUGUUAUCCACUUUUAAUAUUCCUGUAAUUCAGAUGAGUCCCUGAUGUCUGUAGCAGCUUUUGUAUGAAUGUAUAAAUGUCAUAAAUCAGCAGACACUCUUAUCAUGUUACUGUUUGGCUUUCCAUAGAAAAUUUAAUCCCAAUGCUCAGUGUUAGAACAGUUGAUAAGAGCUGGUUGAUGAAAGGUGUACUGUACUGUGUUAUAUAUUCUAUUACUGAGUCACAGAGGUGAGUCCAUAUGCUACACUGGGAUUGGCUGUCAGAAUUUGAAAUAAUGUAUAGUUUUAAUAUUUAUGAAGACCCACUUUAGUAAGUACUGGAUUAUAAAUAUAAAAAUCAAUAGAAUUCUGAGUGACAUUUCCUGAAAAAGACGACUGGUGUGCUGAGCGAGCUGUACCUAGCAGUUAGACAUUCCUAGUGCAUUAAUCUAGCUCUUACCAAUAAGCUGACUUUGUAAUUAUAGAAAUUUUGACAUAGAGAUUUGUAUUUAUAUUUUCUUGUUGGAUUUUAAUACUAACUUUGUACUCUGAUCAAUCAGUAAAUUUUUUUAAAUGUA